AUGACGGACAGACUAACGCAGCUUCAAGUUUGCCUCGAUCAGCUCGUGGCACAGUUCAACGCAACGAUAAACUAUGUAAACACCAACAGUGAGCCUGCUCUACUUGACGCAGAUGGGAAGUCGUAUUUUUCAAUCGCAGCAAACGCACCUUUACCAGGCCAACAGCAACAGAAUAUAAACGGGGCACCUUCGUCUUCGGUACCCCCUCAGGCAGAUGGCUCCGACCCAGCAAGCACGAAGCAGUCGCCUGACUCGGCUGGCGGUGCUGGCGGUGCUGGUGGUAGAAUGGCUGAGGACAACGCUGUGGCUUUCAAUAACACUAUAAAUGAAUUGUCCACGGACAUAAUCUUAAAAUCAAGGCAACUCAGAAUGCUCAUAGAUUAUCUCCCGGGCAUAGGAGUGUCGCCAACGAACCAAUUGAAGCUUAUUGAGGAGUUAGCACUGGAAUUGGAAGAAGUGGAAAAAGAUAGACUCAAGCUGAUCGAAGAGAAGGACAAGCUACUAGACUGGUGUGAGGACUUGAUUAUGGAAGUCGCGAAUGGAAUUUCAUCCACUAGGUAG